AUGGCUACAAGAAACGGAAUGAUGGGGUUUCUGGGUGGAGCUGUUUCACAAUCCCUGCAACAAGACGGUGUGGUGAGGCUGAAAAUCUUAGUUAAAAGACAACAACUGGAGCAAGUUCUUGGACAAGUUGUGAAGAAACAUGACAACAAUGAGAGGUGUCAUGUUAUCCGACCAAUAUCAUCAGCAUCAAAAUGGAUACAACAAUGGUUGAAGGAUAUGAAAAGAAUACAAAUUCUAAGAAGCCAACAAGUGAAAAGAGAUUUUCGGACUUACUGGAGACCUAUCCUUCAAAGUAUCCCGGAAUCCAGAGUCUUAGUUAUUUGA